UUCGGCGGCACCCAGCCUCUCCACCGCCGGAGCCCAGCUACUGACAGCUCUCAGCGUCUUGCUUUCUGCACCUGCACCAUGAAAAUCCCGCUUUGUGACCUCCUGCUGCUCAGCCUCUUCUCAAGUGUGUUCAGCAGUUGUCAGAGGGACUGUCUGACCUGCAGAGAGAAGCUCCCAGCCCUUGACAGCUUCAGCCUGGAGGUGUGCAUCCUCGAGUGUGAAGGGAAGCUCUUCCCAAGCCCUCUCUGGACUUCAUGCACCAAGGUCAUGACCAGGGAUUCCUGGCAGCUCAGCCUUACUGACCCAGAGCACGUGACAGCUGCUCUCUACCAGCCAAGAGCAUCUGAGAUGCAGAAUCUGAAGCGAAUGCCCCGUAUUAGGAGCCUAUUCCAAGAGCAUGAAGAGACAGAGCCUGGCAUGGAUGAGGCUGGAGAGACAGAGCAGAAGCAGCUGCAGAAGAGGUUCGGGGGCUUCACUGGGGCCCGGAAGUCAGCCCGGAAGUUGGCCAACCAGAAGCGGUUCAGUGAGUUCAUGAGGCAGUAUCUCGUUCUGAGCCUGCAGUCCAGCCAGCGCCGGCGCACCUUGCACCAGAAUGGUAAUGCGUAGCCAGAAGGGAAGCCCCUCCCAGCUGCACCGUCCACUUCAAACCAUGAGUGUCAGGGUGAUCCCCCAAGCAGCAUGUCUCCAGCCCCAGACCUGCCAGCCAGGAAUCAGGAUUCCUUCUUCCCCAAGGCUCUGAGCAUCUGCAGGCCCUGCGGGCUUUGCUUCCAGGUCUCUGCCCCCAGGGAGCAGAAUCUCCACGUCUGGUUGUCUCCCCACCUCCUCUCCAUGGCAUGUUCUACAGCAACCCUGUUGCUACAUCAGAGUGUAUUUUUGUAAUUCCUCCAGUUAACAUCGAAAUGGCCCCAUCUUUCCUUCUCACCUGCUUUCCUCUCUUAGGGGUGAGUUAAAGGAAUAUUACCAAUCAAAUACACAAGCCUGGGGUUUUGACU